UUAGGGUCAUUGAACACUGGUGACAUGCUUUUUCGCAGCCUAAUGAGUAAAGCAGUUAUUUCUCACUUUCUGUGACCAGUUAAAAGAAAAUGGAUGUGCAGAGUUCAGCCAAAAUCAAUGCAAGGAAGAGGAGGAAAGAAGCGCUUGGACCCAACGGGGCAACAGAGGAAGAUGGAAUUCCUUCCAAAGUACAACGCUGUGCAGUGGGUUUACGGCAGCCAGCUCCUUUUUCUGAUGAAAUUGAAGUUGACUUAAGUAAACCGUAUGUCAGGGUAACUAUGGAAGAAGCCAGCAAAGGAACUCCUUGUGAACGGCCUGUGAGAGUUUAUGCAGAUGGAAUAUUUGACUUAUUUCAUUCUGGUCAUGCCCGGGCUCUGAUGCAAGCAAAGAACCUUUUCCCUAAUACAUACCUCAUUGUGGGAGUCUGCAGUGACGAGCUGACGCACAACUUCAAAGGCUUUACGGUGAUGAAUGAAAACGAGCGCUACGACGCAGUGCAGCACUGCCGCUAUGUGGAUGAAGUGGUCAGAAACGCCCCCUGGACCCUGACUCCCGAGUUCCUGGCAGAACACAGGAUUGAUUUUGUAGCACAUGAUGAUAUCCCUUAUUCUUCUGCUGGGAGUGAUGAUGUGUAUAAGCACAUCAAGGAAGCAGGCAUGUUUGCUCCAACGCAGAGGACCGAAGGCAUCUCCACAUCAGACAUCAUUACCCGAAUUGUCCGUGACUAUGAUGUGUAUGCAAGACGAAACCUGCAGAGAGGCUACACGGCCAAGGAGCUCAACGUCAGCUUUAUCAACGAGAAAAAGUACCACUUGCAAGAGCGCGUUGAUAAAGUAAAGAAGAAGGUGAAAGAUGUGGAAGAAAAGUCAAAAGAAUUUGUUCAGAAGGUGGAGGAAAAAAGCAUUGACCUGAUUCAAAAAUGGGAAGAGAAAUCCCGAGAAUUCAUUGGAAGUUUCCUGGAAAUGUUUGGUCCAGAAGGAGCCCUGAAACAUAUGCUGAAAGAAGGGAAAGGCCGGAUGCUGCAGGCCAUCAGUCCCCGGCAGAGCCCCAGCAGCAGCCCAACCCGUGAACGCUCCCCCUCACCCUCUUUCCGAUGGCCCUUCUCUGGGAAGACUUCCCCGACUUCCUCGCCGGCAAAUCUCUCCAGGCACAAGGCUGCAGCCUAUGAUAUCAGUGAGGAUGAAGAAGACUAAGUUUUUAUUCCUGCUUUCCUCUCCUCUCCUCUCUGUCCCAUCACCUUCAGAGGCUCUCUGUUGAAUCCCACAUUGUGAUACCAACACUAAACCUAAGGACAGCUGCAAAGAAAAGACAGUUGGGGCAGAAAGAGGACCUGGGAAUGGGGGAAGCAAAGCAGCCUGUCUUCCAGGAAGCAUCUGUCACCCAUCCCGAGAAGGAGGCUGGCUGUACCUUAGAAGCCUCUUCUACAUCCAUAUACCCUCCCUAAGGACUUUGCUUUACUGUUUAUGUUCAUGUGAUCUUGACAGGGAAAUUGUCAUUUUUAUUAAUUUUUUAAAAGAUUAGUCUUUCAAAUAUAAUAAGUAGAACUAAUUUUUUGCCCCUGAGGAGUGGGCAGAAGAAGGAAGUGGUAUACUACCCAGAGGCCUUUUCUUCCUGACACACUGUAGAAUUUGCCCUUUGAAGCAAAGCGGCUCGCACUAAGCCUUUCAGACCAUGAGCCAUGCUAAUGGUGGGUGAUUUGGGGGGAAAUACCUAACUUUUUGUUUCCUUUAAAAAAAAAAAGAAAACAAAACUGAGCUACAGUCUCCAGUCCCCCAAACGUGCACUGGCACAGGUCUCAGUGUGGCUAUAGGAAGAAGGAGAUCAGAGCCGAAUUCUCUUACUCCCUGAGGAGUUUCUUGUUGGACCCAAUGGGGUCCAUGAAGACACUGAUGGGGAUGGAACCAGACCACACGGCAUCAUCAGCUGCUCUCUGCUGUGUUCAUCUUCUCAGAACAUUCUGUUGCCCAGUUAUUUGGGAGCUCUUUCCUGCAAUCUACCUUUAAAGGAAGGAACACUUUGAGGGUCUACUGUGAUUGAGGAGGGGAGUAGACAGUGUUCAAGCCCAUAUCAAGUCAGUUUAGAUUCGUUUCCUCCUGGAAGGAAGUCCCUGGCCCUGCUGCUCCUAUUUUAUUGGUGUUGUCAGCUCUUUACAGAGAGUACUUUACAGUUUGGACUUGAUCUGUUCAUUUGUGUUGCUCAUGGCCAUAUUAACUAUUUAGAGAGAUUUGCACAGAACAUAAGAGGCUAACGCAUAAGGAAGCAUAAAGAUGCUUCUUUGUUUCAACAGCCUUAUGUUGACCUUGACCCUCUUAAGAAGGUUCUUUAAGUAGAACCAUAUGCCUUGGAGUGUUUCUUUACCUGUACAAGCUGUAACUGUCAAGGACUUCUGCCCAGCUCUCCUGCCGCAAGCCACAAAGCAUGGGCUCACCAGACACCCUCCCUCCUUCCCAGUUGUGCCUGUUGGUUGUAGCCCCACCUCCCCUGUUAGGUUGCCCAAGAGGAUUUAGCACUUGAAUUGCAAAUCAAAGAGUACUGAUACUUAGCAUUUGCUGUCCAGCAUUGUAUCUCGUCAGUUACAUGACUAGUAUACUACCAUCUGUCAGUAAUCCUGUAACUGGAUUAAGGAGACAGUGGUUUAGAUCCGGGUCUCACCCCCUUUCAUUCAUAAACAUCCCUUGUCAGUGGGGAGUUUUGGUGUUUUCAGCAAAGAAAAUCACAUUUUUCUUGCUCCUGUGCUAGAGCUGUGAGCAUCUCAUCUCAUGGUCCCUUCUGAACCCUAGGAAAAGCUGCUCUUCUGUCUGAGCCCCAACAGCUGCCAUUCUGCCUGCCAGCACUGCAGGGUAACCUCGGCUUCUCCCUCAUUGCAGCUCAGCUCCUUGGUGCCAGGGAAGUCAAAGAGAGGAACCAAGGCGGGGGGAGCCUCUUGUCCCUAUGGCCCAUGAAAAUGACAUUUCUAACUCUGCUCAUGCAGUGCUGUUUUCAUUGCCAAAUUUGGAAUCCUUUCUUUGAAAUAGUUGUGAUUGAUAUUUCCCACAUGGUGCAGCUUCAUCUGGUCUUAGAUUUAGGUUUUCAGCUUCCAUCUUCCCUUUUAGGAAUUCUACCUGUUUCUAUCUAAUUUAUUCUCUGUAGUCUAGAAAGGUAGCCAGGUCAUCGCUGAGCCUAUCCUGCUGUUUUCCCAGAGAGGACACAUUGCCCUGGCGUAUUUGGGUGGGAAGGAAGAUGCCUCUCUAAUGUAUUGCCUGGAUCCCAGAGCUUUGCGCCCUUCCUCUCAACUCCCAGCAGGCCGCGCUUGGUCUGCUCUCCACUUGGACUGGCACCUCCGGGCUGACCAGGUCUGAGAGACUGCUGGGAUUAGGGUCAGCUGACGCCCAUGGUCUUGGAAGGCUCCUUCGCCCCUUCUGGUAAGCCCUUACUGCCUCAGUCUACCAACACUGGUGUAUUUUCAAAUAAUUUUGACUGAAAACAAAAAACUUUUAUAAUGUGAUGUGUUCAACCCUUUAGAGGUAAAUGUGAUCUUAAGAAUUGGACAAGGGUGAGCAGGUGGAGAAAGUCAUUGGAAUGAUACACUAUUUGAUCAUUUGUGCCUAAUUAAAUGAAGUUUGAGGUCUAUGCACCAUGACCAUGCCUGUGAUCUGUAAUUCUCCAAAUAUUCAUGUUUGAGACUGUGGAAGCCAUUUCUCUGAAUCCCAGAGAAGGAAACAGUCAGCAGAGACAGGAGAGCCUAUAGAAGUUUCUUGGCCUUGCAGCCUCCAUCUGCAACAGCGAAGGAAGUCCAAGACAGAGGCCCCAUAGCUUCUGAGGAGAUGCCCCUUCAGCUGCUCCCUUGAGGUGGGCCGGCAGGAAACUUGCCCUUUUCACAUACACUGGGCUCAGGACACUGAGAACCCAAGUGGAAACUUCAGAGGAACAGAAAUGGAUUGAUUGUAGUGCUGCAGCAGCUGCUGCUGAUAGCUGGGGCCAAGACGAUGACUUGCAGAGACUCGGAUCCGAAGCUGGAUGUGGUGAAGAGGAAAUGUGAAGGAAGCCGAGAAAGCUCGUGACUCUUCAAGAUCACUGAUAACAUCUUAGGCAGCACCUGAGUGAGACUCAGCUUACCUGUGGCCCCCACCACUCAUCAGUCUCUAGCUAGAUCCUGUUCAAUGGUUCUGCCCAGGGCUUUGUUUCUUUGUGAGCAGUUUAUCUUCUGGAAGGCAUUGCCUUUUGAAUCCUGUUUCAAAUCUCUUGUCUAAAAAUCUUUCCAGAACAAUCUAUUAUGCUGCUCUUUAAUUCCUUAAAAACCAGAGUUCCAGUAUUUUAUGUCAUCUCACCAGAAGGUGAACCAACAUAGGUAGACAAAUGCUCCCUUGACUGUGUUUUUUAAAUAAUAGUAUUUUUAAGCUCAUCAAUAUAAGUAUUUCUAAAAGUUAUAUUUUUAAAAGUCACAGCAAUGAUUGGUUUUAUGUUUUCUUAUAAAAUAGAUUGUCAUGGAGCACAAAAAAAUGUGUCCUAGCUUCUAUUUUUCCAAAGGAAGUAGUAGAACGUGUUCCUGGGAUUAUACUACUAAAUGUUCAUUUUCUCAGAAAUAAACAAGAUCUUUCAGUCUGCCAAAGGUUUAAGUUAGAACACGGGUUAAGAUAAGAUGACUCGGCUGUGUGCCUUUGCGUUUGGAUGAGCCUUUACCCUUCUUAGGGAGGUGCUGAUGGGAGCACAGAAACCUGAUGGGUUGGCUCUUUUGUAUUAGGGAUCCCGAAAAGGAAAAAAAAAAAAAUCUUGGAGAAAACUGCUGGCCUUGGCAUGAGUGUUUACCCAACACCAGUAUGAGUCCACAGGGAAGUUUCCUCGAUUGGAAAUCAGUGUAUCAUUUUCCUGUCUGAGAGUUAUUCAUCUGUUCAGUUUUUUUGGCUUUUGUCAUUUAGCCAAAUAAAGGCAAAUGUGGGUUUACCUA